UGGUGACUUUUUUUUUUUUUACCCCCCCCUGAAAUGCAACAGCUUGUUUUGUUGGUCGCUCCAGCAGUUUGGAUGAUGUUGAUUUUCUUCCUGUUUUUUUUUUUUUUUUGCAAAGAUCCAGGCGUGCAGCUAAAACAACCACUGUCUCCCGCGAGUUUUGUUAGAUUUAACGGCUUGUCAUCUCACUUCAUUGCCAAUGUGUGGGCCUGUAUUUAUUGUUGUUGAAGUUGACACGGAGUCAAGUGCCGCUGCAGCUCUCGGUUCAUAUAGUCUGCAUGGACUUCACUCCACUCCACUCCACUUCACCCAGCUUCCAGCUUCCACACAGUUUUAUGAGACGCUGGCCAGAGGGAUGAACUCGGACCAGGAAAGGCCAUUCGUGUGCAAUGCUCCUGGCUGCUCUCAGCGUUUUCCCACGGAGGAUCAUCUGAUGAUUCAUCGUCACAAACAUGAGAUGACCCUUAAGUUCCCCUCCAUAAAGAACGACAACAUGCUAUCAGACCAGACGCCCACUCCGACCCGAUUCUUGAAGAACUGUGAAGAGGUCGGACUGUUCAGUGACCUGGACUGCUCCAUUGAGCAGGACUUCUGCAAAGCGCAAGAAGAAGAAGACAGUAAGCAGAACAUCGCACUGCAUGGACAAGCAGGUCAAGGUCAGCACCAGCAGUCCCACGCACGGAUGGCCAACCAUGAUACCAGCAUAGUGAUCCAGCAGGCCCUUCCCUCGCCCCAGUCCAGCUCAGUUAUCACUCAGGCUCCCUCCACCAACAGACAGAUAGGGCCAGUCCCCGGCUCUCUGUCCUCACUAUUGCACCUACGAAACAGACAGAGACAGCCUCUGCCAGCCUCCAUGCCUGGAACCCUGCCAGACCCAACCAUGCCUGGCUCCUCUGCUGUGUUGAUGCCCAUGGAGAGGCAAAUGUCCAUGGGUUCCAACAUGAUGGGCAUGCCGAGCCCCGCCCACAGCAACUCGUGCUCCACUCACAUUCCCUCAAUGCACUCAGAAGCCAAACUGAGGCUGAAAGCUGCCCUCUCCCACCACCCUGGUGCCAUCCCCAACGGCAACAUGAACUCCAUGGGCCACAUGAUGGAGAUGAUGUCAACAAGGCAGGAGCAGGGCAACCAUCAUCACAUGCACUCGCACCCGCACCAGCACCUCCAAGCACCUCCCCACACGUACCAGCACCACGGACACCACCACCACAGCCAGGGCCACGGGCAGGGCACACACCACCACCCACAGGGACACAACCCUCAUCACAACUCCCACAAUCCUCACCUUCUGCCCGGGCACCCACACCAGACAUCACCGCACCCUCCUAUGCACUCACAGAUGUCACCUGCAACCCAGCAGAUGCAGCCCACGCAGACGCUGCAGUCCCCCCCAGCCAGCGGCGGGCGGCGCAGACGGGUAGUGGACGAGGAUCCGGACGAACGGCGGCGAAAGUUUCUAGAGCGAAACAGAGCGGCUGCGACUAGGUGCAGGCAGAAGAGAAAAGUGUGGGUGAUGUCCUUGGAGAAAAAGGCUGAAGAGCUCACUCAGACUAACAUGCAGCUUCAGAAUGAAGUGACCAUGCUAAAGAAUGAGGUGACCCAACUCAAGCAGCUUCUGCUCACACACAAGGACUGCCCCAUCACCACUAUGCAGAAAGAGUCCCAAGGUUACCUCAGUCCAGAGAGCAGUCCGGCAGGCAGUCCAACCCCAGCAUGCUCCCAGCAGCAGCAAGUCAUCCAGCACAACACCAUCACCACCUCCACCACGACUGUAGGGGGCGGCACUGUGCACGGACAGGCUAACCACCGCACAGACAUUAACCCCAUCCACUAGGUACUGGAGAGUAUAAUGUUUUCAGCUCCCCCUCUUCUUUUCUGAGGGUUACCAGCUGCACACGCUGCCCCCCUCUACUAGGAGAAAAACCUGAAAAGACCAGCGCGGCUGCUCUUUAUACAGUAGCUACAGUAUAUUUUUAUAGACCAACCCUGUUAACGCGCAGUAACUCUGUGGUUUGCUCAGUCUUGUUUUUUUUCCUCUGCUUUUUUGUGCAAUUGGCUGAGAGAAGGGUUGUUGCCGAUCACCAACAGCAGUUUUGGAAGUUUUUCUAUUUUGUUCUGGUGCAAAGCUGACUAAGGUGGCUAUGGAACCAGAGAAAGGAGCCAAAAAGCAUCUGAUUAUCUUCUCCAGAAUCAUGUCUUAGAUUUUGUAUGCAUAAUGGACUGAAUAAGAAGUCAAAUCAUUACCUGUGCAAGACAGACAGGUGGACUUCGGUAUCGUGUGUUUGACACAGAAUCCGAGUCAAACUGGCGCUAUACCUUUGUAAAGACUUAAAGCUGGUAUGACUGUUAGCAUUCACCCUGUCACUAUAAGUCUUAAUGAGCUUUAUUAUAAUCUGCAUGACAGUAAUGACACCUUGCAAACAAACGGAAGCAAUACAUAGCAGUGUUGAUUAUCGUCUUUACUGUAUCCCCGCAUUCUGAUCAAGAGUGACCAAAACAUUUGAUGUUGUGUCAGCUACAGAACUGAACACUGUGAUCCCGGUGAGGCAGCUCAGGGGUUGAGACCAACUCCUAUGCUCUGCAGGACCAACUCAAGCUUUAAUCGUUGAAGACUUUUAUUUGUCUGUGUCGAGUGUUUGGAUUUAAAUUCCAAGUUAAAUUUAUGUUUGAUUGUGCGAAUGCAUGUGAGUACUGUAUAGUGAUCUUUUUCCUUCUUUUCUGUGCAGAACAAAGUUCAGUUAGAGCAGAAAAAGAGAGAAGCUUGUGAGAAAACAGGAGAAUUUGGGAAAUUUCUUUCCUUUGGGGAACAGACAUUUAAGCAUUUCUUUCUUGAUGUACUUUCCAAGUUAUCACAAUGUGCCUGAAUCUUUUUUUUUUUUUUUUAAAUCUUUGUUUGCUUACGUA